UUAACGUUUUAACACGUGGCUGUAGCACACCAGUAAUAUAAUUCUCUCACAGGUUAUUAAAAGUAUUUACAGGUGAUUACAGGUUAAUACAGGUUUUAAAGAGAGAAUUAUUGGGGUGUUACAAGGUCGGAUGGAGUAUCACGAUCCAUACAUGGUAUGGUACAGGAGCAUUACUCGACGCUACAUCAACCCUAACUACACCCCAUCCUCAACUCAUUAUCAGCCAGCUUUCGGAGACAUCAGUGGAUAUGCAUUUGAUAUGCUUGCUAUACAUGAUGCAUUGGGAGUCUUGAGCAUAUCGUAUCCCACCAUACCGGAGAUAGAUGAGAUUCAGGCAAUGACUGUGAGUAGCUUACAGAGACAUGGUCAUGAUCAUCUUAUCCAGGGGUGGGACCAAUCACACCAGGGUUCACACCGUGAGCUAGACGAGAGUAGCAUGGGACAGACUCACACGUCCCCUACAGUGUCCCCGCAGUUUUUUGACAAUCAGGAAGAUUUCGCCAUACCUAUGUAUGCGCCAUACUCAUCACAGGAGGGACCAUCAUCCAGCCAACAAAUUCCUCCCCAGACUUUUGCCCCAGAUCCUUUCACAACGGUAUCUCAGUACUAUCGUCGUAGGAGACCGCGAGUUGAUAGACAACAAUUACAUCGAAUAGAUGAAUCAGGAUCUUAGAACUUCUUUUGUUAGGUUGUUGUAAUCAGAUUCUCUAGUACGUUGUAUCCAAACAAAUAUUAUCAAUUUUACAGAA